AAUCCAUACUGACAUUUGAACAAACAGCUGAUGAGCAUGGCUUCUCUCCUUCCCUUCUUCCUCCUCCUCCUCCUCAGCUCUGUUGCCGAUGCUCAGCCUUCUCCAGGGUACCGUCCCAGUUCGUCUAUUGCACCGAUAAGAUUCUUCGAUGGAUACGCAACUCUUUGGGGUGCCCAGCACCAGUCGAUCUCCCAAGAUCAGCUCUCUGCCACCAUUUGGCUCGAUAAAAGCUCAGGAAGUGGGUUUAAGUCGAAGAGAUCGUACAGAAGCGGGUACUUCGGCGCCUCCAUCAAGCUCCAGGGCGGCUACACCGCCGGAGUCAACACAGCCUUCUACUUAUCGAAUGAUCAAGCUUAUCCUGGAUUCCACGACGAGGUGGACAUGGAGCUGCUGGGGAACGUCGCCGGAAAGCCGUACGUGCUGCAGACGAACGUGUACGUGAGAGGCAGCGGCGACGGCCGCCGGCUGGUGGGGAGGGAGAUGAGGUUCCACCUCUGGUUCGACCCCACCGCCGGCUUCCACCACUACGCCAUUCUUUGGAACCCCGAUGAGAUCGUAUUUUUCGUUGACGAUGUGCCAAUUCGUCAAUACACGAAGAAGAUAGAGGCAACAUUCCCGCAACGAGAAAUGUGGAUUUACAGCUCCAUUUGGGAUGCAUCAUCAUGGGCGACUGAAAAUGGUAGGUAUAAGGUCGACUAUCACUACCAACCCUUUGUGUCGAGCUUCACCGAUCUUAAAAUCCGAGAUGGUCUUAUGUCGCCCUCCGGCAACGGCGCCAAUAGUCGGGGACUUAGUCCUCAACAAUCUAACGCGAUGAAGUGGGCGCAAAAUAACUACAUGAUCUACUAUUAUUGUCAAGACAAUACGAAGGAUCAUUCUCUCACGCCGGAAUGUUGAAGAGUUUAAGCUAAAGAUCAAAAUAAUCGUGGCUCAACUCCUAUGAGUUGCUUGAAUUAUUUAGCCACGUAGUCAUUUAAAUGUAUUUGAUGUUUAAAAUUUUAGUAUUCAAUUGUGGAAUAUAUAUGUCGUCCAAUACAAGUGUAGAUCUUUCGGUAACUCUAUUUUUGAGAGAUUUGGGAUUAUAGUUGAAUAAUAUAUGUAAUAGUUUUCGGUGGAAAAAUAGGUUUAAGUUGAAUGAUUAUAUUUUCUUUU